UCAUAGCUAUAGCUUGUACCCAGGAAUAUUUGACCCAAACCCAUUCAUCCCGAAGAUGAACGCUCAAGUGUUAAAAAUUACUUCUAGUGCUCUAUAUGAUCCGUAUUAUGGAUAUGAUUCGUCAAAUGGCGCAAAAGAUGACGAAGUUGGAUAUGUUAAGUCAAACAGUGAGAAAGGAGAAGGAGGAUUUCAUCACGUGGAGACAUUUCAGAAAAAGGGCGGGGAUGAAUACGAACACGAACAUGAAAGGGGAUAUGGAGAGUCAAAACAUGAUCCAGAGACCGACUACGAAGAUCAACCAGAACCGAACAUUGAGAAACGUGAUAACAAUCGUGAUUUGAAAACCCAUAAGAGAAACUAUGAAGUGGUCGAAGAACAUGGCAAUGAUCACAAAAAUCCAAAUCAGCAUAAAACCUACGGAGCAAAACCCACAAAACCUACGAAACCAAGUAAACGGCCUUCUAUCCCGGAAUUUGGCACUAGGCUUACCCUUCCAAAGAGAACUACACUGAAACAGAAUCACAACGGCUACGAGACUGUAAUUUAUCACGGCCAUGAAAACGAAAGUUCAGAAAAGGGUUACGGAAGAAGGAACCAUCAUAACGCACCAUCAAAGACAGAAAACUUCGAUGAAAAGGAUGAUGAAUCUGAUGAUGGUGAACAGGAUGAAGCAGAAGCAGAACAAGAAUCUCAAGAUCGUGAAGAUGAUACAGAUAAUGCAGAUCAAUCGAACUUUGGGGAUAAUUAUAACAGUUUCAAAUAUGACGAUGAAUUUGGAGAUUUCUCGAAAAAUUUUGACGAUGAUGGUGGACACGAUCGUAGCGAGGAACAUAGUAAUAGGAAUGAUGAUCGUGUAAGCUCAAAUAGGAACCAUUUUGACUAUGACGAAGAAGUUGAUCGCGAACAAGUUGACGAGACGGCCAAUGAAGAUCGAUACCAAGGAGGUGAAUAUGACGAUGAAGACGAAGACAAGUAUAGAGGACAUAACCGAAGAAAUUACGAUUAUUCGAGUGAAAAAGAUUAUUAUGCCUAGUUAAAUGUAAG